AUGUCACUUCAACCCACAUCCGCAAGCCACGGCUCGACCACCGAAGACGUGGUGAUGAGCGAGAAUUCCGAUCGAUCUCCACAGCACCCUUUUCUAAACGCCAGUCGACACCUAUGGAACUGGGUCUUCUCCAACCACACUCGCGCUCUCACCUUCCCCAUUAACACCUGUUCUCGGGAACAAACCAGCCCACCUCAUUACCCUCCGGAAACACUCCAACCCAUGUCUCGACUACACAUCAACGCGCUCCCUGUCGAGCUGCUUGGCGAGAUAUUCGCUCAGUACACCCACUCGUUCCUCGACGGGACGCCGUUCGUCCCGGAAGACCACAGACGUACGCGCCGUCGUCGAAAGCGCGAGUUGCAGAUGCGAUUUGGGCGCGUCAGUGCACACAGGACCUCGUCUACGAACCCCAUUCUUCUCGGCCAUGUCUGUGGCUAUUGGCGCGCAUUGUCGUUGUCGAUGCCCGAGCUUUGGUCCAAGAUUUGCGUCACCUUUCCUACCACCUCCGACGUUCCCCUGCUUGACAUGUGGCUCAAGCGAUCCGGCACAUCUCCUCUCGACUUGACGAUCGUGCAUUCACAGGGAAGAGUCAAAGAUGACGGAAUCGAUGACAUCGUCAGACUUACGUGUGGACAGAAUCACCGCUGGAAGCAUGUCACCCUGAUCCUCGGUGAACAUGUUGACCACCUCUUCGAUGCUUGGGCGCCUUCGAUUCCCUUCCCCCUCUUGGAAGGGAUCGACCUACAGCUAUCUGAUUGGGACGAGGAUAUUGCGGUUCAACUCUGUCGUCUAAUGUACCGCGCACCGAACCUGCGAAGGGUUAGGCACAACACCUGGUGGAAAACUCCUUCUGUAACGUCAGGCAUCCCUUGGUCGGUGCUGGAGGAUGUCGAAUUGAAGGUUCUGGAUGCAGACGACCUGGACGUGGCUUUUACCCAGGGUUUGCAUCUUCGGAGCCUCACCAUUCACAAUCUUGUGGGCACGGUCAAGCGCUUGCCUUCGGACCCUUCGAUGCUUCCGCAUCUCGGAUACCUGUCUAUCGGAAGUGGAGACAUUCAUCAGAUACUUCGAAAGGUGGAACUUCCCGCCUUGAAGGAGCUUCACUUACCUGAAGGGUUGGGAGGACGUCAUACAUCUCAAACUGUCCCCGAUAUUCUCCAGGAAAUUACUCGAUUUUCAUGUCGGCUCGAGAAGCUCUUGGUGAAUUUGGGACACCCUGCCGACGAAGACAUACUCAUCACUAUCCUGCAGUCGCCGGUGAUGACAGACCUCAAAAGCCUCGCGAUUAGAUCCAAGGCCACGGGCAAACUCUUGCAGUUUUUGACUCCGUCUUCAUCCUCUUCUUCCCCACUAUCCAAGUUGGAACAUCUGAUUCUUUCCAAACUUUACUCGAACGAUGGCGAACUUAAAGAUAUGGUUCAAUCUCAUGUCGGUUGUUCGGCUAGUAGGCUACGGUCUGUGGAGGUAUGUUUUUAUACCCAUAGUCAUGCUAUCGAUAAGACGAUAGAAUUUCCAAAUAUCCGCAUGUUGUUAAGUACUGUUUACGGCUAG